GAGGAGAAGAUAAUCGUCUUUGUCAACAUGUGCUCAUCGCUAUCAGAGCACUAACCCCGUGAAGAAAUGUUCACCCACUUCGAUCUUAUCCGUUUCUCUCCAGAAAAUAUAGAAGACAACCCCAUCGCCAUCUGCAAAGUAAUAUAAACUGCAAACCAAGUUACUGUGAGAAGGCAUCAGCUAGAGAAAGCAAACUGCAGAGUAGCACACGUACAGCAAAAAGCCCAGCCAGUUUCCAGCGCAACGUGAUUCCAGGGGAGAUCCGGAGAUGGAGGGGAAGAGCCGGCUGCCGGAGGUGACCAUCGACCCGGCGGCGGGCGUUGGCGCUGUCGUCGACGCGGGGAAGGCAGCGGGCAAGGAGCCCAUCAGCCCGGGCACGCCGUCCUCGGUGGACGCCGGCCGCCGCAGCGGCAAGGAGGGGCGCGCGGAGGACGGCGUCCCCCUGCCUGGGUGGAAGCUCGACGCCCUCUGCCAGGAGUCCUGCCCGUCGCCGGCCAUGAGGGCGCGCUUCCCCUACUUCUGAAAGCCGCCCGCGCGCUCGCCGCCGGUGAUGGCGCUCGCUGCAGGCCUGCAUGGUGUUCCUGGGCGUCGUCUCCUUGAUAUGAUUUUCUUUUUGUGCAUGUACAUAUGAAUCCAUCGAUCUUGGAGCUUUUCGUGUGUCUUGUCAGUGCUCAGAUUGCACAAAUGAUGGACCAUCAGUCGGUUGCAUGAUUGUAUAUGAUAAUAAUCUGAAACAAUCCCAAGCACACUGCUGUAUCCUACAGUAGAUGAAUGUAUUUCCCAUAACUCAUGUACAAUUACUUCCUUGUAGUAAGCCUUUCCAUUCAUGGAUGGAUAGUGUACGUGUAUA